AUGGUCGACACGCUGCCGAUCGUCGUCGCCGUCGCCUGCGUCGUCGUCGCCGGCCUCGUCGUCGCCGCGACGCGCCAGACGCGCGCGGCGGCGGCGGCGGCGACGGGCCCGCUGGCCCUGAAGACCGCCGACCUCGCCGUCGGCGACAUUUUGGUGGGCACGUCGCCCCUGGGCGGCAUCGUCGAGGAGCUGAGCGACGACGAGGCCGAGGAGGUCGUGGAGCGGUGCGUCGAGGUCGGGUUCCGCCACUUCGACACGGCGCCGCACUACGGCCUCGGCGUCGCCGAGUCGCGGCUCGGCGCGGGCCUCCGCCGGGGCUGCGCGAAGCUCACGCGGACGCGGCGGGCGGCGCUGAAGAUCCUCGACGAGGAGGUGCGCGUCUGGACCAAGGUCGGCCGCGUCAUCAAGACGAAGGACACGGUCGCGGCCGGCGACGUCGUCGAGGCCGACAACCUGCCCGGGUCGGCGACGACGAUCUACCUGCGAGUCGAUCUGCGUGGCAUUCACAUCUUCCACCCGACUUCAAUCGACUCGCCCGAGGACGCCGUGCCCGUCCUCGACUACAGCGCCGCCGGCGCGGCGAAAAGCUACGCCCAGUCCCUGGGCCGCCUCGGCCCGGGCGUCGUCGUCGCGGGCCUCCGGUGCCACGACCCGGAGUCGCCGGCGCUCGAGGCCGCGGCGCUCGCGGGGUCGCUGCCGGGCCUCGCGGCGGUCCGCGCCGCGGCGACCAAGCGACCCGCGCCGGCCGGCGCCGAGACGCCGGGCGCGAAGAAGCGCCGGGGCGACGCCGGCGCCGCGGCGCCGCCGCCGCUCGAGCUGUCCGUCGGCCUCAACGACGCGGCCGUCGCGCUCCGCAUCCUCGACGCGACGAACCCGGCGCGCGGCGACGGCGCCGGCGGGCCGCCGGCCCUCGACUCCGUCAUGCUCGCGGGCCGCUGGCACCUCCUCGACCAGACGGGCGCGCCGGUGCUCGCCGCGUGCGCGGCGCGCGGCGUCCGCGUCGAGGUCGCCGGCGCCUACGCGUCGGGCCUCCUCGCCGGCGGGCCCAACUACGAGUACAAGCCCGCGACGCCGGCCCACGUCGCCCGGCGCGACGCCUGGGCCGCGCUCGCCGCGGACCACGGCGUCUCCCUCAAGGCCGCGGCGCUCAAGUUCGCCUUCCUCCCGGCGGCGGUCUCCAAGGUCGCCCUCGGCCUCGCCUCCACGGCCUUCGUCGACGAGACCGUCGACAUCAUCGCCGAGGCCAACACCGUCCCCGCCGCGCUCUGGAAGGACGCCGUCGCCCGCGGGCUCCUCGCGCCGGACCUCCUCGCGCUCUGA